AUGAUCAUUUCAAGAGCCGCCAACAGUAAGUUCAGGGCUCUUUCAUUGAUUCGGUGUUAUAGAAAGCGAGUAAAGUCGCAAAUCAGCCAUGUAAACCAGGUCAAAGACCGACAAAAUGACCUCUUCAAGCCCCAGGAAGUAAAAAUGCGGGCUGAAUCCCCAGAUAGUGUGGAGAAGAAGCUGAAAAAACUUGGUUUCAAAAGCUUGGAAGAAAGUGGCUCUUCAGAGGAAUUAUUUGUGGAUUAUCUUAACUCUUCCCCAUCUCCGUUCAAAAAGUCUCGGUCUGAGCUGGACAAGCUCAAAAAGAGUGGAGCUGAAAAUCAGAAUGAUGCGAGCAACCGAAUGGAGCUUUUGUUUGACUUUAUGUUGGAGGAAUCUGAAAGAGAAAUCAAACGACUAGAUAGCAUGGGACCGGUUCAAAUGCAGAAACUACAGAACCAACACAUAGAAGCACAACGUGGAUUUGAGGGUGACCGGCGUAACAUAAAUUCCGAAAAGGAGCUUGAAAGAGCCAUUUUCAAGGAUCUUGAGCAGGCCUCGAAUGCUCAAGAUUCUGAGCGGUCUUUAUUACCCAACACUGAACGAAUGUUCAGGGUUCUCUCAGAUCUAAAUAUGAGAAAAUUGGCCUCUGCUGGAAUAAUAUCCCCAGAUCAAAUGGUUGGCGCGUUCGAGGCGUCGAAGGUCAUACCUCUGCGUAACAUUAGACUUAGAGGAGUGUUGCUUGCAGGCCACUUGAUCUAUUCCCUGGGUAGAGUAAGAAUGGACCCUGUGAACGAGUCUUUCUACAUUGAGGCACUCGUCUACUACGGAUUUUACAAAAAGGCGCUUGAGCUAUUCAAUUCUAAUCGCAGGAAAGUCAACCAGCGUUGGUGGUACGAAAUGGGCAUGAUGAUAUGCCUUCGUGCCAAUCACCUUGCGCAAUUCGACAGAUUGUUGCAGCUCACAAUGGACUCAUUUGGUUCGGACUAUGUUGCACCCAGAAUUUUGCGAACAGCUAUUCGUAAAAAGCUUUACAUCCGGGACUAUGUGGGGUCUGGAACGCUGACUGACUUGUUCACUAAGAUGACCGCGACAUACGGGUGGCGGCCUUCCAAAAUUGAGAGUCGCGAUAACAGCAAGAGUCUAUAUUUCACAAACGAAGUGCAAGCAGAUCAGUUCUUGAAUCAGAAAGAGCAGCCAACCGAACUUGAUUAUGUGGCAUUGAUACAAUACCAUUUUUUUAGAAAACGCAAGGAUGAAGCGCUCAUGCUCUUGCUAAAGCUAGCAAUGCUUCCCGAUAUGGACAAAGAAUUACUAGCAAGUGUUAUGUGGAAGCUCAAAAUUCACUUGUUACAAAGCUUUGACGUUCUUAAGAAUGAGCUUCAGGCAUCUUUUUCUACCGAAACUGACUUCCCUAUAAGUCUCCUCCAAGAAGCGUUCAAGACAGCACAACUACAAAGCGGUAUUCAUGAGCUGCCGCAACAGCAUAAGCACAUCUUGUUUGACAACAUUAGCGCGGUUGCUCUACAUCCCUCCUUAGUGAAGCAUGUCGAGGAUCUUGCAGAUGAAUUAUUGAAAGGAUUGGAUAAGUUUGAGAGCAAAGGGUCAGGCCGAGAGUAUUCAUUGAAAAUUCAAAACGUCUUGAAAGCGCUUUUGAAGAAUGACAAAGAGGUCCCUGCGUUGGAGCUCUUAAAUAAAGUUGAGAAACCUCUAGAGGAUGAAGAAAACCAUUCGACUCAAUUCACAAAGGCGAAUGCUCAUCAUUACGCGGUUUUUGUUGAUUAUUACAGUGCCAAAGCUCAAAACACGAAGGUUGCUAAUGAUAUUAUCAGUUAUGAGAACAAAAUCGAGCGUUUGGUUACGAAUGUUAACGAAAAAGGCAUCAAAUACAACGCAAUGCUACUGUCAUCUCUUUUGCAGCAUUAUAGAAAGACAGGGAAUCUUGACAAUUGCUUCAACAUUAUCAACACGAUUCUGAAUUAUAAAGCAAAUCCUGAGACAGAUGAUCGGUUCGGACACCUUUUAUCCUUUUUUGAAAGGCGCGAAAUCACCAAGCCAUUGUACUUAGAAAUCUGGAAAUGUUUUGCAUUGUACUAUUCCUAUUUUGAUAAUGGUCUUGGCGUCACAGAACUUCGCUCUAACCACGGCGCUUGGACGCGCAACGUCUCUAAAGAAAGGGCUAAGAUAAAUGUCCAUCCGGCAUGCGACUACAGGACUCUUUUCAAGACAAUGGUGCUGGAGGACAAUAUUCUACCCGAUACUUACUUCUAUCAGCUCAUUAUCAAAGCUCUUGUUCGCGUUCGGGACUGGUCAUAUAUACCAGCGCUUUUGAAGUAUAUGAGCGACGUUAAUGGUAUUGAACCUGAUGAAAAGUCGCUAAGAUUUAUAAAUGGUGGGCUUCGGUUGGAAUACAUUGCCAUAGAGCGUGAAAUGCUAAUCAGCGAUAAAGAGGAAAUUCACAAAUGUCUCACCUCUCUAAUGAACCGCGCAAGGAGAAUUGUGGAGAAUCAAAUCAAGGCAGGAACAAUUUUGAAAGAAUCUCACGACAACGAUAAACAGCAAAUCUUGGAAAACAUAUUAGACUUUUUGAAAGAAUAUCGCAGCGACGAGCUCAUAAAAGUGAAUUUGGCAUUGGAGGAGCUGGAUCUCAAUUGA